CUAUGUCUGGAAAUAUUUUAAAGAGGUGGGCGAGAAUGAUGUUUGUAAGAUAGUUGUAUUUCGAAAAGGAGCAGAAACUGAGUGUGAUACGAGCUAUAAACAUGAUGGAUCAACUGGAAAUAUGAAAAUGCACUUGCACUCAGUUCAUAAGAUCUUUGGACCGGAUGAAUCACUAAGUUCAAAUGAAAAACAACAAUUAAGUAUAAGUGACAUGAUUAGACAAGUAAAACCGCAUAACACAUCUAGACAAUCAAA